GGGAUUGAAGCAGAAACAACAGGGCGGAAACCUGCUUGGGCAUGAAAAUCUGACUAAAAAGGACAAGGACUCUUGUCCUGUCUUCAAUUAUUGUUUCAUGAUCUCCUUAUAACGUUUAUUGAUGUAGCAGAUACAGAACGUCAGGGCUCCAGACUCUGAGUCUCGCCGCGUUCCCGCCGUCACCGCCGUCACGUUUACUUGUUAUACUUCUACAUGCAGAGCUAGUACCUGGUUGGUAUAAAAGCGUGAUACUUUCUGUAGCACACCUGCCGUCCACCCGGAAGAAGGCCAAAGGUGUUGCUUACAUCUCGAGAACCUCCUGUCGGUUCCGUGAUUCGACGCCUGGUUGAUUUCCUGAUCUAUCCUAGCAGAGAGUGUCCUAGUCACGAAUCUCCUCGGCAUUUUGUAUAGGACGCGGAUCGCGGUCAUGGAAGCACACAACCCUACCGGUGUUGCGAUCGGGCAAGAGGUCCCGAAACCGGUGUCAGCCGUCAUCUUUGAUAUGGACGGGCUGCUGCUGGACACGGAGGGUGCAUACACGGUUGCCCAGCAGCGCAUCCUCGACCGCUUCUGUCGUACCUUCACCUGGGAGCUGAAGGCGCUUAUGAUGGGGCGGCAGCCGCAGGAGGGCGCCCGGGUGCUGCUGGAGGCGCUGCAGCUGACACCCGAGGAAAUAACACCCGAGCAAUUCCUGGCUGAGCGUGAUGCCCUGCUGCGGGACGUCUUCCCGGACUCCCCGUUGAUGCCGGGGGCGGAGCGCCUGGUCCGCCACCUGGCUGCGCACCGGGUCCCCAUCGCCCUGGCCACCGGCUCCUCUCAGAGCCAGUUCGCCCUCAAGACCUCCAAACACGGGGAGCUCUUCGGACUGUUCAACCGGGUAAUCACGGGCGACAUGGUGCACAGGGCCAAACCCGACCCGGCCAUCUUCCUGGCGGCCGCAGAGGGAUUUCCGCUGCCACAGCCGACCCCCGGGUCUGUGCUCGUGUUUGAGGACGCACCCAACGGUGUGGAGGCGGCGUUGGCGGCGGGCAUGCGUGUUGUGAUGGUGCCGUACCCAGGUAUGCCGGAGGAGAUCUCGAGGGGUUGCGGGGCGACUGCGGUGUUUGCCAGCCUGGAGGACUUCAAACCGGAGCAGUGGGGGCUGCCGCCGUACACGGACAGCUCAACGUAA